CCUAAAAUUAAAAAUGAACCCCAAAACCCCAUAUUGCCUACCUAUAAAGACCCAUAGCCUUGUUCCUUCUGGCCAAAAAGUUCUAUCCAUGCAGCCACUAGCCCUGCAGUCUGCGCUGCCACUGGGCGGCCUAGAACAGGCAGUUGAGUCCUGAAGGAAAGUAGUCGAGAGAUAUGACAGUUGGGAAGGAAUAGGCAGGUUUGGAGUGAGAAUGGGGCAGGUGAGAGAGGAGUUGAAGAGGUGGAGGAGGAAGGUUAGAGAGAGUACUAGUCCAGCUUUCAUUAUAAAUAAGUAUCAAGAGACUGUUAAAAGGAUAGAACUCAUUCGAGAAUUGAUAGACUCUCUCCUUGACAAAUGAGAAAACUUACUUGGCUAUCAUAUUCAUCCAGAAGCAAGAUCAUCAUCAAAAACAACUAUUGAGACUUAUAAUUGUAUAAAUCUUGAGGGAUGGUUACUUGUAGCCUUAAUCAUGGGUUUGCAUAAAUAUUCUAGUAGAUGUAUUUUGAGUAUCAAUAUCUCAGUCCUUCAUAUAGGUUCUAAUCAAAGAUCAUUUAAAGAAAGUUCCAAUAAGCCAGCGCCAAGGUAUCUUUACUAUGCUGCUGAGUUACGAGUUCAAGAGAAAUCGCUUGAAAUCGAGAAGAGUCUCUGGUUUAAUGCCACCCAGAACAUCUGAAGAAUGUGCAUAAAUUACAACUUAGACUGCUAUUUUGACAUCUGGAUUGAUCAUCAAAAUUACCAGAGGCUUCUAAAGAAAAUGGCUUCUAUUCGUCUCCCGAAUAUAUCUGAGUUACUAGUGUAUGAUUGAUCUUUGAACAACAAAAGAAUUCGAAAUUUCCUGUGGAGCAUGCUGCCAAGACAAUGAAAGAUAUUUGUCCUAGAGUCAAACUCUCUUAUUAGAAUGAAUAGAAAUAUAGCUCAGAUAACCAAAGCCAGCCAUUUAUGUACAGAGAAGAUCACCAUUUGGAAAUUUAAGAUUGGUUCUUCUCAUCUGAAAAGAUUGUUGAUGGCAAAUAGGUACAAGAGAAAGGUGCUAUUCACUUGAUGCCAGAUCUCCUUGCCAGUAAUCCCUGACCUAUCCGACUGUCUCAGAGGAACCACUAUCGAAUACCUUGGGUUUGAAGACUGAGGAAAGAGAGAAAACAGCUGUUGGAAAAAUAACCUUGAAGAAUUCGAAAAUUUAGUCGAAUCUCUAUCUAAAUCUGAUUUAAAGAAAUCUCUCAAGCAAAUUGAGCUGAAUGAUUGUUCUCUAACAAUAAGUGAUGUUAACAAAAUCUUUGAAAGUAACGGUCUAGGUCACAUAAUCGUAUCCGGUCACUUUAAAGUAGAGCAAGGAGAUAUGAAAUGGAUGAGCUCUCACCUAUCUCAAUAA